GUAUUUUAGUUAUAACGAUGUCUUCUAUUCUUCCGGAAGACUGUUUAUUUAAUAUCUUUGAAUGUCUACGAAAUGAUUUUAGAUCUUUGAAUUCCUGUGUUCGCGUUAACCGAAUUUGGAAUGCAUGUGUAAUUCCAAUGUUAUGGAGUAAUCCCUGGGUUAUUGAGGAAAUAAAUAAUAAGGUAAAAAGUCAAAAAGGGCAAGUUAAACUUAUAGAUGUUUUUAUUUCAGCUUUACCUCAACAAUCCAGAAGUUUGUUACAACAAAGUGAACUUGUAUUACCAACAUUAUCUCAACCUUUAAUAUAUAAUUAUGUGAGUUUUAUGAGAAUUCUUAAUAUAUCUUAUUUUGAAGAUUCUAUUUGGAAUUGGGUGACAAAUCAAAAAAUUAAGUCACUCAAAGAAUUUAUGCAAAAAGUUGAAUUAGUUACACUUCAUUUAUUACAAUUAAUUUUGAAAGAUUCUAAGAUUCGAAAGUUCAUCACAUAUUAUGUAUCAUGCAACAAAACUACUCUCCUUCAUUUAGUUAAUAUUAUAACGAAGACUCCAGAAAUUGGAAGUUGUUUUUCACAUCUUCAAGAAAUUGAAUGUGAUAGUACAAUUCCAAUAAUAUCUGAAGUAUUUGAAAUGUUAAUACCACAUUGUAAGGAAUUUAAACGGAUCGUAAUAAAAAAAUAUAAAGAUUCAAAAGAAUUGGCCAAUCUUAUUACAGCUCAAUCUAAUUUACAAGAUGUAAUUAUAUAUCAUGAUAAUUAUAAUUUUUUAAUGGAAUUAGAAAAUCAAAAAGUUUUUGAAGCUAUAAGAGUACAAUCAAAAAGUUUAGUUCGAUUAGAACUUUGUUCUUUUGAUUUUCCGAUUCAUGUACUUGGAGAAUUUGAAAAUUUAGAGGAAUUAAAAUUAUUUAGAUAUGGAUCUGUACUUACUACUCAAGAUAAUUUGAUAUCAUUAUCAAAAAUUUCAUUAAAAAGACUUAAAAAAGUUAGUUUUUAUAAUUGGUUUUUGGUGCAUUUAGGCUUCUUUGCUAGUUUCUUUGAACAUACUAAUGAAGAAUUAAGAGAGAUAAUAAUUGGUCCAAGUUAUUCAAUUGUUGAUCGACAAAAUACCGGAAAACUUAUUAGUUCAAUUGGAAUCCAUUGUCCGAAACUUGUCACCUUGGAAGUUCCUGCAUCACCUGAAGAUGGUCAACAAGUGAAAAAUUUAUUAGAAUCGUGUGAUAAAAUAGAAAAGAUUGUAAUUUACAAUAUUAAGCUUAAUUCACCUCCUGCACGUACAGGAAAUUUAUUCGUUCAGGAACCUGAGAUUAAUUCUUCACAAGAAAAUUUUACAAAAGAACCCGAACAAGUUAAAGAGAAUUUGUUACAAAUUUUUACAAAUCAUUUUUCACCAAACUUAAAUAGUUUAUCAAUAAGUGGAAUUGGGUUUCCAAUUAAAGAUAUUGAAACAUUUCUUGAAUAUCGAUCAUCAAUCUCUAGACCAAUUUUAUUCUAUUUGACCUUUGGAAUUGAUAAGAAAAUCACUAAUUUGUUAAAUAAAUAUAAGAAGAAAGGGAUUUUGAUUGAGGAUGAAAAGUAUUUUAGUAAAAAGAAGCCAAAUACUAAUAAAAUUAGAUGAUAAAAUUACAAGGGGUGGGCGGCAUAGAAUAACUAUGUUAAUUUAUUUUGCUAUGAGUUUCUUUGAAAGUUGGAGAUU